UGCCAGGUGUGGCAUGAAGAGGUGCCAUGCAGGAGAGAGGAGAAGAGUUCCAGAGGGGGAGCAGGUUUGCUGCUACCAGUGUGACCCUUGUCCAGAAGGGACCAUUUCUAAUCAGACAGAUGCAGCUCACUGUGAACCCUGCCCAGAAGACCAAUAUCCCAACAAGGACAAGGACCAAUGCAUUGCCAAGAAGAUCCACUUCCUUGCUUACCAAGACAGCCUGGGAUACACUUUAGUUUCUCUCGCUCUUUUUCUCUCUCUGAUCACGUCUGCAGUCCUGGUGAUUUUCCUAAAACAUCAUGACACACCGAUUGUCAAGGCCAACAACCGAGAUCUCACCUACAUCCUGCUGGUCUCCCUGCUGUUUUGCUUCCUCUGCUCCUUCCUCUUCAUUGGUCGACCAGGGAAGAUCACCUGUCUCUUCCGACAAACUGCCUUUGCCAUUCUCUUUGCCCUGGCAGUUUCCUCUGUGUUGGCAAAAACUGUCAUGGUGGUUCUGGCCUUCAUGGCCACCAAGCCAGGGAACAAGACAAGGAAACUCUUAGGAAAACCACUGACCAACUUCAUUGUCUUAGCCUGUCCCCUGGUCCAAGCACUUCUUUGUGCCAUUUGGCUGAUAACUUCUCCCCCAUUUCCUAACUUGGAUUUUCAGUCACUGAUUGGAGAGGCCAUCUUGGAAUGUAAUGAAGGCUCAACUUCAAUGUUUUAUAUUGUCCUUGCCUAUCUAGGUUUUCUGGCCCUCAUCAGUUUCACAGUGGCCUUUCUGGCUAGGAAAUUGCCUGAUAGUUUUAAUGAAGCCAAGUUCAUUACUUUUAGCAUGCUGGUCUUUUGCAGUGUUUGGAUCACCUUCCUCCCAACCUACCUGAGCACCAAAGGGAAGUCCAUGGUGGCUGUGGAGAUCUUCUCCAUUUUGGCUUCUGGAGCUGCUCUCUUGGCUUGUAUCUUUUUCCCCAAAUGCUACAUUAUUCUGCUGAGACCUGAACUGAAUUGUAGAGGAAAUAUAAUAAGAAACAAGAACUUCUAAAUAAUGCAAACAUAGACAGCAUUUAUAUUUGAGGCAUGUUUAGAAUGUUAUAAAUUUUCCAAAAGAUGAAAACAUGAAGCAAGGGUGAAAUCCAGCAGGUUCUGACAGGUUCUGGAGAACCGGUAGCAGAAAUUUUGAGUAGUUCAGAGAUCCAGCAAAUACCACCUCUGGCUGACCCCAGUGUGGGGUGGGAAUGGAGAUUUUGCAGUAUCCUUCCGCUGCCAUGCCCACCAAGCCACACCC